AGUUGCAGAGAAAUUUAUAUAUCGUUUCCAUGGCGUUCUUAAAAUAUGAUAUAAAGAAGAUGAUGCAUUUUUCUUGUAUUGCCAUCCUUUGCUGCUCAAUCCAUGGAGAUGGGGAGAAAAUUGGAGUCAACAACGGAAAGAUGGCAGAUGAUUUGCCGCCAGAAGACGAGGUGGUAGUUUUGCUCAAGGACAACAAUAUUGGGAAAUACAGGAUUUUCAAACAGGAGCCCACUGUAUUCAAGGCCUUUAAGAAUUCUGGUAUAGAAAUAAUGGUUGGGGUGGCUAAUUUCAACUUACAGAACAUGUCUUCCAACAAGAGUGCGGCGAUGGAAUGGGUGAAUGAAAAUAUUAAGGCCUACUAUCCUGCCACCAACAUCAAAUAUAUUGCCGUGGGCAACGAAGUCUUGGGAGUUCCAUCGGCUAGCAAUUAUGUGCCAUAUCUGGUACCUGCCAUGAAAAAUAUCCAAGAAGCUCUUACUAAUGCCAGUCUGCAGAAUAAGAUCAAAGUUUCCACUCCUCUGGCAAUGGACGUUAUUGGGAACUCAAUUUCUCCAAAUAAUGUCUCUCCAUCCAAGGUUACAUUCAUUGAUUCAGUCAAGGAUCAGAUGGCAUCUAUUCUUCAAUUCCUGGAGGAUAACGCCUCUCCUUUUUUGGCCAAUGUAUUCCCCUACAAAAGCUAUCUGGACAACAGCUCCGUUGGUUUGGAUUUCGCCUUAUUUAACAGCUCAGCUCCUGUUGUAAGAGACGGAGAUCUGAUCUACAGGAACUUGUUCGACGCUAUGGUGGAUGCAUUCUAUUCUGGGAUGGAAGGUAUGGGAUAUCCCAACAUACCCAUUGUUGUGUCUGCAACAGGAUGGCCUUCUAAGGGCAACGGUGAUGUGACUACAAUCCCGAAUGCCCAAAACUACAUUAACAAUCUCAUCAGACAUGUUUUAUCAAACGAAGGGACGCCCAAGAGGCCUGGCAGGAGCAUGGAGACUUACAUCUUCGCUCUUUUCAACGAGGACACCAAGACAAACGGCCAGGUGACAGAGAAAAACUAUGGCCUUUUCUAUCCUGAUAAACAGCCCGUUUAUUCUGUAGACUUCUCUCCCAGCUUUUCGAAAACAGUCACCAUGCUCUUUUAUAUUGAAAUAGAUGAAUAGAUUAGGUGUAGUACUAUGCAAAAGAGUGUGUUACAGAAUAUAAAUGAAUUAUACUUGUGUGCAGAUAUGAUAGAGAGUCCCAGUUCGUUGUCCUUUACCUUCCUUUCAAUUAUUGGUGAAACAACUCCAGUUAGUUGUAUAUCAGUUAUAGCUUGUGUAGAGCUAUAAAUAUGUAAUACCGUUUGAAAUUAAUCAGUCUUUCUGCUUUUGCU